AUGGGGAAAUUCCAAAAUCUUAGUUGCCUUGGCAGAACUGUUAACUCCCAGAAAUGUCUCGCCUUGACUAUGAACAUUUUGAAGAGCACCCGUAUGCUAGAUCGAAAUUGUCUACGUGGCAAGAUCCAGGGACUAUCGCCUCUUCUACGGGCUGUGGACUGGCCACCAAGUAGGGAUUCGCUGUUCCGGGCCACAUGGAGCUACUAUGCUAACGGCUGUCAGGAGCGACUGACGGGCAUUCGCAGGCGCAUCGAACAGAACGCUAGAAUUGUGGCUCCAAAUAAGGAGCCAAUUACCCAACUUACUCAACUGACUGUGGCCCCAAAGCUGCCCCGCAAUGGGCAACAAUUGCCGCCAGGAAUGGAUUUGGAUGAGCACAUUUAUCAGGAACUGGUGUCCUGUUUCCGGAACGCAAAGAGCUCUGUUUCAAGAAAGAAAACUUCGUCUAAGCGUUCGAAGGUUCAGAAAUAUUUUGAAAUGGGCAAGUUUUCCACCCCAGAACAAUGGCAGGCUUGGAAACGCCAAGAACUGAAAGUUGAUCAAAUGCUUCAAAAUUCCUUUGAUCCCUAUUUGAGGGAGGAAAUGCACAAAAAGCUGCAUCGUCUACAAAAACUCACCAAGCUUCAACCUCUAGUAGUGCUUCCAAAUCAGGAAGAAAAUAAUAUUGAAAAACGUAAAGUGUCAGUGACAAGCAAAAGAAAGUCUCGACAAAAGUCUAUAAAUAAACCAAAGGGCGAAAGCGAAUCAAGAAAAAAUAUCGCCAACAUAGCAGAUAAAUACAGAACUCAUAAAAACCCCAGUAAAACCUCGAAGAUAGAAAGUAUGAGUUCAAGAAGAAGUACAAAAUCUGUACAUAGUAGGCAAUCCUCCGGGAAAUCGACAACUAGCACGAUAUUGGCAUUCCAUCCAAGUCUAGAAAGUAUCGUUAGCUCAAGACGUUCUACCAGAUCUCUUCGUCCAUAUGUCAAGAGAACAGUAAAAUCCAAUCACAGUAGUGAGGAAGAUGGUAUUUUCGGAAUCGAUGACCAAGGAGAAGCCCCACUGUUGAAUGAGGAUACCACGUCGGCAACUUCGAGAAGGCUUCAAAAAGCACAAGAUUCUCAAAAACCAAAGAAAAUUAAGAAACAAAAAUUAAUAAAGGAACGAAAAGGUGCAGAAAAACCAAAAAGCGGAAAUCCAAAAGUUCACGAACAUUUGAAACAUCCCAAAACAACAAGUCAGCAUUCUUUAAAGAUCGACAGCGAAUUGGAUUCUAUAAGCGUGUCAUUUAUGAAAAGUAAAAAAAAGCCAUCUAAACAACGAAAGUUCGGCACGAAGGAAAGAUUAGGAAAGUCAAAAUCAGAGGGGACCAUCAAGGAAGCAAAGUCUGAGGAGCUAAGACAGAGUUUAGUUUCCAAAAGUAUGUCGCAACUUUUAAGUAAACUUCCAAAACCCAACUCGAAUGAAUACAUAGCGCAAAUCACGAAAGGACUGCCACCAAACGACCCAUCACUUAUCCUGAAUCUAAAGAAUAAGUUCAACGAAUCAGUCGUGUCACUCUACAGAGGUCAAAUCACUAACUCGGAGAAUGGUAGUGAAAUUCAGGAAAUCCAACAAAGCUUUGUUCGUAGUGGCGAUCACCACGGCUGGACCUUCGGUGGGAAAAACCUGGCCCUUGUUAAGCCAACUUCCUAUCCCAGGAUUAGUCUAAGAAAACGAGACCAAUAUGGAGUGGCAGAGAAUAAUAUUGAAAUAGAAGCAGCUGAUAACACUGCACUGGACUCUAUUAUAGGUAAUCAGCCAAUUAGAAGAACUGCAAAAGAACAAGAUGUAAGAUUGCUAUCGAAGACUAUUUCUGUUGAUGAAAUCCUCUCGAGUGUUGAAGCGAAACCCUUACUAAUUUCCGAUCUAAUAUCGGAAUUUAUACUGGCCUAUGGCUCUAAAAUAAGUUUUUUUGAAACAUAUCCGGAUUUGUUUAAAAGCAAUCAUUUGGAAACUUAUACUACAACUAAUGUGAAGGAAGUUCCCAAGCAGUGCCCCAGAAAGAGGAAGCUAAGGAAAGUCAAGGAUGUCAAAAAAAAACCAUCGCAGCACUUUAAGAAAACCUGCUCCUUAUGCAACUGUGUCAGAAGAAAACGUUCCGAAUUGCAGCCCUACAUGCAGCGGAUGCAGAAGCGACGUCAACGACUGGAACUGAAAACCUACUAUACCCAGAGGAUCUCAAAAUGUCGAGAAAAUCAAAAGCGGCCUCCGGUGGAAACCUGCACCCGCGAGGGCCUGGCUAUAUGUUAUCAGACCCUAAAUCUUUGCCAGCGGAUAGUGGAACAGAAGUUAUCGAAACGAUCUGAAGGAUGUCAAAUGAAAACAUAG